UUGACUAUACUUGACUCAUGCAGGACGAGUCCCGGCUUCUGUUUACGGAGCAGAAAAGUUACCCUCUUGGUUUAUCGCGCUACUCUUCCUUUCCUGCCGUCCGAGAAUAUGUGCGCCAGAGUCUCUUCUGACCUAUAGUCUUGCCCUCAACAUACCGCAUAUAUGCGUGUCAAGACGAUCAAUGCAUUGAUACGCGUCGACCGCGCGCAAGUUGUCUCCAUAUCCGCCACGCUCUCUACCGUGCUCUCCGCCGCUGCGGCUUCCUGCGGCCCCUCGCCUAGAAGCGAGGUCGCGAGACCGAUAGCCCCAUCCGAUAGUGAGGACAGGACCGUCAGCUGUCAGAAUCGCCGGAUGGUUACGAUCUCUCUGAGGGCGACCGGAGGAAACGUAGGAAGAGGCGGACGGUUCAGUGCGCGAGUCCUUGGUGGUGUCGUUAUGCGCUACCUCUCAUGUGCCGGUCUCGGAGUACCACUUGUUGCAUCGCUUCGACCCAAAGGUCACGCAGGCGAUCGAAUCGCUGAAAAGGGUUCGGAAGAGGAGAACUGCGAAAUGAAGGACAAGGUUCAUCCAGCCUUGAAGCCGCUCCUCGCCCAGUACGCGCUGCAGGGAGCCAUCCUCAAAGACAACGGCAAACCUCCGACCUCAUGCCGAGGCAGUUCCUGUACAAGUGUGGACAUCGUACCACUGAACAAGAUGAGAAGAUCAUUAUCCUUGCGCCCUCCACCACCGUUCUCCGUCGCUCUCUCCACCGCCACCCCUCUGCCCGCACUCUUCAUAUCAGAUGGGAGGUCAAGUUCGCAAGACCAGCAGGUAGCUCUAUGAGACGGGGAGGAAGGCGGGUCGUUAGAGAUGAAGCUGUCCG